AUGUCCGCCACUACCCCUAAGGCCGACGCGCCUACUGGCCUCGCCCUUUACUCCAGAUUCGCCUUCGCUGGUGCUGUCUGCUGUUCCGUCACUCACGGAGCUCUCACUCCUGUCGAUGUCGUCAAGACCAGAAUCCAGCUUGACCCGGUCACCUACAACCGUGGUAUGAUUGGUGGUUUCAAGCAGGUCAUUGCCAACGAGGGUGCUGGCGCUCUCCUCACUGGUUUCGGUCCUACCGCUGCCGGUUACUUCCUCCAGGGUGCUUUCAAGUUCGGAGGUUACGAGUUCUUCAAGCAGCAGUGGAUUAACCAGCUCGGUUACGAGACUGCCUCCAACAACCGCACCGCUAUCUACCUUGCCUCUUCCGCCACCGCUGAGUUCUUCGCUGAUAUCGCCCUGUGCCCCCUUGAGGCCACCCGUAUUCGUCUUGUCUCCCAGCCUACCUUCGCUUCCGGUCUCAUGAGCGGUUUCGGUAAGAUCCUCAAGAACGAGGGUAUCGGUGCUUUCUACUCUGGUUUCGGUCCUAUGCUCUUCAAGCAGGUUCCUUACACCAUGGCCAAGUUCGUUGUUUUCGAGAAGACUGUCGAGGCUGUCUACGGCUUCGUUGACAAGAACUCUGUCUCUGAGGGUGCUAAGACUGGUAUCAACCUUGGCUCUGGUCUCAUUGCUGGUUUCGCUGCUGCCAUCGUCUCCCAGCCCGCCGACACUAUGCUCUCCAAGAUCAACAAGACCCCCGGUGAGCCUGGUGAGGGUACCGUUUCUCGUCUCAUUAAGAUCGGUAAGGAGCUUGGUCUCCGUGGCUCUUACGCCGGUAUCGGUGCUCGUCUCUUCAUGGUUGGUACCAUCACCGCUGGUCAGUUCGCCAUCUACGGUGACAUCAAGCGUCUCCUCGGUGCCACUGGUGGUGUUGAGAUUGGCAAAUAA